ACCCAAGUCGAGCCAACUCUGUGACACAAUUCUUUGGGGGAAUUGGGCCUCCAUGGAUUCUUAGCCGGACCCUCUGUGCGUCAACUAUUUGCAUAGACAAUCGGAGGCCAUUAGAUCGAAGCCCAUCGGCGGCACUCUGCCCGCAGAUUUCCGGCACUGUCUCCUAACCUUCCACAGUGAUUUCCGAUCGGGCUACACAUGCUCGUAGCCAUUGGUUCCCUUGGUUAAUCACUCAUGAGAAAUUAUAUAUAUUUUUGGGUAAAAAGAGGAAGGUUUUCAAUUUGUUGUGAUAAAACAGCACUGCGAAAAGAAAUUUGAUCAGAUGAGUAAUGAGUUCAACUACUUCAUUUGCAUGUGGUGAAACAUAUACUUGACAGUUGACACCUCACCGUAGAGAGUGCAAGAGAAAAGAAUUAAUUGAAGGGAAUUGUGGUGCCCAAAAUCUAAAUCAAGCUUCAUUCAGAAAAGAUAUUUUUCAAUGAAUUUUCUGCUGCGGCCUGCUCAAACGGUGGCUGCAGAACAGACGUCUGUUCGUGAAUUUCCUACAGAUGUGCAAUACGCGUCAAAACCAGCAGCAACAUUAGAGGGUCUUAUUGCUGAAGAUCCAUAUCCACAGUAUUCCACAGCUGAUGAGCAUGUUGGAGAGAAUGAUGUGGUUGGAGGUGAAAGUGGCAGUGUUGCAGGUCCAAGUGCAAAAAAUGACACCCCUAUCACAGAGAAUCAUUCAGAUGUUACUGAAGAUGAAGGAUGGAUAACUAUUCCAUACAAGGAACUUCCUGAUAAUUGGAAUGAUGCACCAGAUAUAAGUUCAUUUCGCUCUCUGAACCGCUCCUUUGUAUUUCCUGGUGAACAAGUUCAUAUCCUGGCAUGCUUGUCGGCUUCUAAGCAGGAUACAGAGAUUAUCACUCCUUUUAAAGUUGCUGCAGUGAUGAGUAAAAAUGGCAAAGGACAAAACACCAAGAAUCAAAAUGGAAACAUUGAACAAGAUUUUAAUUCUUUCACAAAUGAGGAAGUGAAUCCUGAUGGUCAAUAUAUGGAUGAGAAAGGUGAAAACCUUUUGAAAGAGAAGGUGGAUCCUCAGAAGGAUAUUUCUGCCAGUGAAUCUCUUCUUAGAAUGGAAGAUCACAAAAGACAGACCGAAACAUUAUUGCAUAGAUUUAGGAACUCCCAUUUUUUUGUUCGGAUUGCUGAGUCAGGAGAGCCACUUUGGUCAAAAAGAAAAACUCCGGAAACAUAUCCAGAAACUUCUGAGAUACCUGAUCAAAAGCUUAUGGCAGAUGAAAUCAGAAAGACUGGGAAAAAGAGGACGACUCCUAGUGCAGUUAUUGAUAGAGGAGAUUUUAAUGCCAAUGUCUCUGGUGGAUUAGCACGAACUGUUGAGUGUUGCUCACUUUCUAAUGGAGACAUAGUGGUGCUUUUACAAGUGAACGUUGGUAUUGAUUUUUUGCAAGAUCCUAUCCUUGAGAUUCGUCAAUUUGAGAAAUUUCAGAAUAAAAAUUUAUCUCUCGAGAACCAGGAUAGCGCAGUUCAUGCAGCACAGGACCCAUGUGAAGAACUGUUAAAAUGGUUGCUUCCUUUGGAUAAUACCCUUCCUCCCCCAGCUCGGCCUUUAUCUCCUCCUUUAAAUUCUAGUGGUGUUGGUAAUGUAUCUCAAAGGUCAAAUUAUCCUGCCUCAUCUGGUUCACAGCUCUUUUCUUUUGGUCACUUUAGAAGUUACUCUAUGUCAUCAAUUCCUCAAAGUACUGCACCACCACCUCCGCCUGUUACAAAUCCCAGUUCUAAACCAAACUUUGACUUGGAAAAUUGGGAUCGUUUUUCAUCUCAGAAAAUUUUGAAUAGUAAAAAAACUGGGAAUGAGGAGCUUUUAUCUUUUCGAGGUGUCUCACUGGAGCCAGAAAGAUUCUCUGUUCAUUGUGGAUUGGAAGGUAUCUACACACCUGGAAGGAGGUGGAGGAGGAAACUUGAAAUCAUUCAACCUGUGGAAAUCCAUUCUUUUUCUUCUGAUUGCAAUACAGAUGACCUCCUUUGCGUUCAGAUAAAGAACAUUUCUCCAGCACAUACACCAGAUAUUGUGGUAUUUUUAGAUGCUAUAACAGUUGUUUUUGAGGAGGCUUCAAAAGGUGGACCACCUAUAUCAUUACCCAUCGCAUGUAUUGAAGCUGGAAACAAUGACAGCUUGCCUAAUUUACCACUCAGGAGAGGUGAAGAACAUUCUUUUAUUCUGAAACCGGCAACUUCGUUGUGGAAGAAUAUCAAGGCAGAUAGUGAAAGAAGUUCUCAAUCACCACAUUUGAUGCCUGGAAAUGCAGCAUCAAGCUUGCAUCUUCCCUCCAAGAUUGUUGGAGGAAAGGGAACUGCUUCAACCACUGAUCACUAUGCAGUUGUAGUAUCAUGUCGGUGUAAUUUCACUGAAUCACGAUUGUUUUUCAAGAAGCCAACAAGCUGGCGACCACGCCUGUCAAGAGAUCUUAUGAUCUCUGUUGCAUCUGAAAUGUCUCGACAGUCUCUUGGACCCAAUGGAGGAGUUUCUCAGCUUCCGGUUCAGGUGCUAACUCUUCAGGCUUCAAAUUUGACAUCUGAAGAUCUAACUUUAACAGUUCUUGCUCCAGCAUCGUUUAACUCUCCUCCUUCAAUUUUGUCCCUGAAUCCUUCACCCUCAACACCACCAAGCUCAUUUAUUGGGUUUUCAGAGUUCACAGGAAAAGUGGGUGGUGAGAGACAUGGAACAGCAAUGCAGAGGCUGAACUCAGUGCCUCCAACACCAGGAAAAACUCUGAAGCAGAACAGUGAAGCUGGAGUUCGACCCGCGUCCUUGAAAGAUCCAGCUGUUCCCAUCCCCGAUGUGAUUCCAAGUACUGAUUUAGGUUGUACGCAUUUGUGGUUGCACAGUAGAGUUCCACUGGGAUGCGUUCCUUCUCGUUCUACUACCACUAUCAAGCUUGAGCUGCUCCCACUGACUGAUGGCAUAAUCACACUUGACACUUUGCAGAUUGAUGUUAAAGAGAAAGGUCUUACAUAUGUUCCUGACCACUCGCUGAAGAUAAAUGCAACCUCGAGCAUCUCUACUGGGAUAAUUUAGGAUGGACAAAAGUUCUAAUUUGUGUGUCUGGUUUCUUUCUUUUCAAAGAUUUCAUUGUUAGUCAUCCAGGGCAUUGGGCUACGUGCAGCUUCGCUAAUGAAGUUUCAACGUGUAUGCUCUCUCUCUCUCUCUCUCUCUCUCUCUAUGUGAAUGAGCAUGUCAUAUUUACUUAUAUAUAUAAUAGCCUGUGUUUGAUACUCAAUAGCCUCAUGUGUUGUAAACCGUUGGACUGGAAUGGAAAAUUGUCACACCUUACAGUGGGAAAGAAUCAAAAUUAUACCUCUUUAUACUCCGA